CGCUUCGGCAUUUCUCUACAGUUAUCGUUGGUGAAAUUGAAAUUAGAAGACGAUAAAUUUUAAAUUUUUUAUAAUCAGCGCUUAAAGACGGAAUACAUGGAUGUUUACAGGAAGGAAUUGGCAGAAACUAAGAAAGAGCUUGAAACCAUCAGUAUAGAGAUUGACAGUCUAUUACAACGACAGGCUUCUUUACAACAACGUAAAACUGAAUUAGACUCCAUUCUCAGGCAAAGUAGUGCUAAAUCUGAUGAUAAUGAUAAGAAAUGGGAUAAACAAGAUUUUGAAUGGAGCAAUAAUCUGCUGGCUAAGAUGGGAUCAGUGUUUAACAUACAGACGUUACGUCCUAUGCAGCUACAGACCAUGAACGUGACAAUGUCUUGUAAAGACUGUAUGUUGAUAAUGCCAACAGGGGGAGGGAAAAGUUUAUGUUUCCAGUUACCAGCCCUCUUGUCCAAGGGUAUUACUUUAGUUGUCUCUCCUUUAGUCUCUUUAAUGGAGGAUCAGAUAAUGGCGUUGGAAAGAUAUGGAAUUGAUGCUACAAAACUAGAUGCCUCAGCCAGCAAAGAAAAAGUCAAAGCUGUUCAGGAGGCUAUGUUGGACAAAAAUGCUAGUCUAAAACUGUUGUAUGUCACACCAGAAAAACUGGCAAAAAGUAAAAGAUUUAUGGCAAAACUGGAGAAAAUGUACCAGGCUGGGAGGUUUUCUAGACUGGUGAUUGAUGAAGUCCAUUGUUGUUCACAGUGGGGACAUGAUUUCCGUCCAGAUUACAAGUUUUUAGGUAUAAUGAAGCGGCAGUUUCCAGAAGUUCCCAUUCUUGGUUUAACAGCAACAGCUACUACAAAAGUGUUGGAGGAUGUCAAGAAAAUAUUAAAUAUUCCAAACUGUCAUCUGUUCAAAGCUUCAUUUAACAGACCAAAUCUAUUUUAUGAGGUAAAAGCUAAACCAUCAGCAUUUAAAGAAACAAUAUCAGAGAUGGUUGAAUUAAUUGAUAAAAGAUUUAGAAACCAAUCAGGUAUUGUUUACUGUUUUACUCAAAAAGAAUCUGAAGAGGUUUCAAGGGAACUGAGACAACAUGGAAUUAAGACAGGGUGUUACCAUGCCAGCAUACCAGCUAAACAAAAAAGUCAGAUACAUGAGAUGUGGUUGGCAGAUAAAAUUUUGGUAAUUGUGGCAACUGUUGCCUUUGGCAUGGGAAUAGACAAACCCAAUGUCAGAUUUGUAAUUCAUCACUCUAUCAGUAAAUCUAUGGAGAAUUUAUACCAAGAAAGUGGGCGAGCAGGGCGAGACGAACAGAGAUCAGAUUGUAUUGUAUACUACAGAUUCGCUGAUGUAUUUAAACAGAGUACUAUGGUAUUCACAGAACAGACUGGUUUAGACAAUGUCUAUGGUGUUAUGUCAUACUGUUUAGACAUAUCUAAAUGUAGAAGAGCGUCAAUAGCUAGACAUUUUGGAGAGUUGUGGGAUAAAUCCCAGUGUAAUAAGAUGUGUGACCAUUGUAAUAAAGACACAGAAGGGGAAAAGAGAGAUGUUACAAAACUAGGAUUAAAUGUUUUAACAAUAAUAGACCAAGCAUCUGCAACAGAUCAAAGAAUUACUGCAUUGAAAUUGUUAGAUGCCUGGGAGGGUAAAGGUGCAGGCUCUUUAAAAGUCAGAGGUUUGGAUCCUCCUAAGGUGUCCAGAGACAAGCUGGAGAGAAUUAUUGGACACAUGUUAUUACAAGGUUUUAUAAGAGAGGAUUUUCAUUUCACACCAUACAGCACAAUAAGUUAUCUUGUUGCAGGGGCUAAGGCGAACUUGUUAAAAAGUGAAUCAGCAAAAUUAGCAGUGGAAUUUCUAAACAAAAGAAAAUCACUACCAACUCAGAAUUCCAAUACAGACAAUUCACCAUCAUCACAGAGUGACCAUAUACCUCCAGCCAAACAGAAUGAUACAAAACCAAAACUUGUUGUUAUAAACUCAGAAAAUUCUAAGUUCUCAAACUUUACUGGAACUUCCAUUAAUCAGAGUAGUCAAGAUGAAAAUGACUUUACAAAGACAAAAAAGUCUGGCAAAUUAAAAAGGAAGAAGCCAGUGAUAAAUGACUCUGACAGUGAUGAUUUGGAUUUUGGGGAAGAAUUUAAAAGAAAACCUGCUAUGAAAAAGAAAUCCUCUACAAGGUCUUCAAAAUCUGAACAUAUUAGUGGCAGUCAAAGUAACAAUUGUUCAAACUCAGAAUCUCUUAAUGGGAACCUUUGUGAAUCUAAUGAGGCAGAAUCGGGGGACGAUUCAGAUGUAAUAAUUGAAAAUGUUAAGAAAUCAAAAGCUAUCAUGAUUGAUUCUGAGUGA